GCCAACCGGAAGGAGACCAGAAGGGAAGGAGACGCCCCAUCUUGCUACGGUGGCCUGAAAGGAGUGGCGAAGGCUGUGCCACAGAAUUCUUUAUUUCUGAGACUCACCAUCGUAAUGUCUUUCAAGAGAGAGGGGGAUGAUUGGAGUCAACUCAAUGUGCUCAAAAAGCGAAGAGUCGGGGACUUGCUGGCCAGUUAUAUCCCAGAGGAUGAGGCGCUGAUGCUACGGGAUGGACGCUUUGCUUGUGCCAUCUGUCCCCACCGACCUGUACUGGACACUCUGGCCAUGCUGACUGCCCACCGUGCAGGCAAGAAACAUCUGUCUAGCCUGCAGCUUUUCUAUGGCAAGAAGCAGCCAGGAAAGGGAAUGGAGCAGAAUCCAAGACAGCAGAAUGAAUCAGAGAAGGAAGAGACCAAAGCAGAGGCUCCUCUGUUAACCCAGACUCGACUUAUCACCCAGAAUGCUCUACACAGAGCUCCUCACUAUAACAGUUGCUGUCGCCGGAAGUACAGGUCUGGGAGACCAGAAGCACCUCGUCCCUCUGUCUCGCCUUCCCCCUUGCCACCCCCAGAGGUUGGACUCCAAAGUGGGCAGAUCAGUAGGGACCCUGAGCCUGGGGCUGGCUCACAGGCCAAGGAGUUAGCAACUGUCUCACCCCCUGCACCUAUGAGCCCCACGAGAAAACGAGCCCUAGAUCACUACCUCACCCUUCGAAGCUCUGGAUGGAUUCCAGAUGGACGAGGUCGAUGGGUGAAAGAUGAGAAUGUUGAGUUUGACUCUGAUGAGGAGGAACCUCCUGAUCUCCCCUUGGACUGAUACCCUGUUUCCCCAUUUAAUUCAGAAAUAAACUACAGUGGGCGCUGGGAGCCUAACUUUCCUCAAGUCUGGUUCCUUGUCCCACUUUAGGAUUUCA